AUGAUUAUUACGAAAGGAGGAGGAGGAAAAGGGAAAGGAGGCAAAAGAGGAGCGCAGCAUCCACGUAUGCAAUACUCUCCUUUCUUCCUCCUCUCUCUCUCUCUCUCUGUCUUUCUCUCUCGCGUGCCCGGCGGCGCGUUCAAACCGCCAACAAACUUUGGGGAAAUCUUCACAAAAAGUAGAGAGAAAAGGCAGAGGAGAGUUUGCAGAGAGAGGAGGAAGAAGAUGUUACCGACGACGACGAACACUGCUCGAUAUUCAUCAUCAUCAUCAUCUUCGAGACAUCGCCGUGAUGCUGAAGAUGAUCAUCGUAAUCAUCAUCGCGGGGUUCUUCGGGGAUCGACAAAAGCAGCGGCGAAAGACUCCUCCUUCUCGUCCAAAUGGGAAGCGAAAAUCGUCCGGUUUCUCCUCCUGUGGACGUUGGUUUUACUCGUCUCCAACCUCUCCUUCCCUUUCUCUUCUUUUAAGACGACUCAGACGACGAGAACAAGACAAAGAAGCGAUACGAAUAGUAAUAAGACAACAUCUGUGUCUCCGGAAGAAGGGAAAUUUCUCGACCAAAUCUCUUCGUUGUUACUCGAACAAGUGCCGAUAUCGCUGUCGAAACGAAGAUUGCGAUCGAGUUUAGAGUUCACCUGUGGAGGGUCGCACGUGGUGAAGAUGCACGAGUAUCGAGAGAUGAAAAAGCAAAGCGGAGUGGGGUUGUUGAACGCGUUAGGGAACGAGGAUUGGUUUACGGAGGGGUUGGAUUUGGAAGACGCGAACGAGGACGUCGUCGCGGAUGACGGAGGAACGGAGACGAAGUCGUCGUCGUCUUCCUGGGAGGAGAGUGAUGACGGCGGCGAUGCGCUCGGUAGUAGUAGGAGUAGUACGAGUAGCAGUAGUAGUAGUAGCGUGCAAAAAAGGAAGAAGAAAAGGUAUAAAUCGUGCGCGGUGGUUGGUAACUCGGGUUCCUUGCUCGAGACGCAGUUUGGUUUUGAUAUCGAUAAGAACGAAGCGGUGAUACGGUUCAACGCGGCGGUCACGCAAGGGUACGAGCAGUUUGUCGGUCAAAAGACCACGGUGCGUUUGCUCAACGCGGUCGAUUAUAAAGGUCCAGAAGGUACGGAAGGCGAAUUGAGACUGACGACGGCGAGAGGAAGCGACGUGAAAACGUGGGUGAAAAAGCUCGAGCAAAAACCGGAAGAUAUUCGAAACAGAAGUUUCGUGUUGGAUCCGGAGAUGCUGUGCCACGCUUGGGCAUGGAUCGGUAAGCACGGGGAGAAACCUUCGAGCGGUUUAGUAGGGGUCGUUUUGGCGUUGAAAAUGUGCGAGAAAGUAGAAAUGUUUGGGUUUCAGAGCAAGAAUUAUUUCGGGAAGUUUUCGAGGCCGCAUUAUUACGACUGGGAGCGACCGCAGAAAGGAAGGGAGAAGGUGCACCCGUUCCAAAGAGAGGUGGAUUUGUACCAAAACUUAGAAAAGUUCGGGUAUUUGACGACGUACACGUAA